GGAGUGCUGAGGCUUGAACUGGAGGCGCACGUGGUAAAGCUUCUACCGGUUUAAAUUCAGCUGUGGAUCACACUGCUCGCUGCUUCAGAAACCGAGGACUUAUUUCAGAAAGUCGAGACUUUUUGCUCAUGAAGAGGCUGAAAACUGAUUGUUUUUCAAGAAUGCAUGUGAUUGCCUUUUCUGCGUGCGUCCUCAUCAUGUCCCUGCUGGAUCAAGUGAGCGGAUACAUGACCAAAAUGGGCGAAUAUGGCGAAACUGUUGAGGUGCCUUGCAACAAAGAAGACAUCAAACAAGAAGACAUUAUAAUAGUUAAAUGGAAAUAUAACACACCGGACGGCACCAUCGGCGAUCUUCUCACAAAAUCAAAGAACCAGAAUGUCUCAUUCUCCCAAAUUGAGGAGUACCAGGGCAGAAUCAACCUUACAAAUGAUCUCAGCCUGAAAAUUUCCCAGGCAAAAGUCACUGAUCAGAAGGUAUUCACCUGUAUGUUGGUAGCAGGCACAGACAUAUUUGAGUAUCCGGUUCAAGUGACAAUUCAAAAGGCCCCUUCUCCGCCCACAAUCACAAAUCAAGCCAAAGUGAUUGAGCUCGGCAAGCUAACAACGCUGGCAGAAUGUUCUACUAAAGAUGCCAGUCCAGUAGCUGACAUCAUCUGGCUGAAAGACAGUGCUCCACUCAUAGAAGAUGGGGAAGCGGUCACCAUCACAUCAGAUGUGCAGACAGACAAAGACACCGGCCUCUCAACUACAUCCUCCAAGCUCGAGUACACAGCUACGAAGGGAGAUAUGAACGCCGAGUUCACUUGUGCUGUCCAUCAUCAGAGCCUUGCAUCAGACCUCGUGUCUAAUCCUAUGACCUUUGACAUCCACUACCCCAGUGAAGAGGUCAGCCUCCAGAUCGUGUCUGCAGGCCCGAUAAAGGAGGGAGACAACGUGACCUUGAAAUGUGUGGCUGAUGGGAACCCCCCACCGACUAGCUACAAUUUUCAUCUCAAGGACGGGGAGAUGAUCACAGAGAACUCGGACAAUCACACACUCGUUGGCGUCACCCGGGAUGACACUGGAGAAUAUACUUGCUCCCUGGUGGACAACGAAACGAAGCAAGGCUCUACCAGGUUAACUGUUAUGUACCUGGAUAUCACCAACAUCACCGAAGAAAAGAUUACUAAAAAUUUAUUCGAGAGCUUUGAGGCAACAUUAGAGGUGGACUCCCCUGAAGAUGUGCAAGUCUCAUGGAUGAAGAACAACGUUACAUUGAAUGGUAAGCCCAAGUUUGACAGGCUGGAGUACUCAGACGCUGGAGUGUACGAGUGUGUGGUUUCCGUGGCUGGACUUGUCAAAAAAGCAUUAUUUGAGCUGAGUGUCCAAGGUGCUCCGGUUAUCACUAUGAUGACUAAGAGGCGCGGUAGUGGAGGCAAGCAUCUGAGCUGCAAGGCUGAAGGUUCACCCAAACCCACGGUGCAGUGGAGCAUCAACGGCUCUGAUGCCUCUGAGAGUCCCUUCAUGGAUGGAACAGUCACAUACAAUCUCACAGUGAUUGCAACUCGCAAUCUUACAAUCUACUGCACAGUUUCUAAUGAGCUGGGCUCCGACACAAGGAGCAUUGACAUAUCCACAUUGGAGGAGACAAUAAUGGAUGAAAGGACAGAGCAGUCAAAAGACUCUAAAGAUCAGGCAAAAGUAGCAGUAGGGGUCAUCAUAGGCCUGAUCGUGGCAGCCGUCAUUAUCGGUCUGGUCUACUGGAUCUACAUGAAAAGAACCAGGGAAGGCUCCUGGAAAACAGGAGAAAAAGAGAAUGGCACGCUGGAGGAAAGCAAAAAACUGGAGGAAACUCAGAGUCAAAAAGCUGAUGUGUAGAACCAAAGGAUACUUACAGAGUAAGAAGGAGAGGAGACAGUAUUGUAGCAGACUGUGUUGGAAACUCCGGAAACGUUUGGGAAGCUGAUAGGAAGCUCUUGUUUGGUUGACGAACCGUUAUCAGACCUAAUUUGUAUAAUGUAUAUUACCAUCCUCCUUACAAGUGGGAGAUUUAAUAAAUGAUGCGAGUUGUAUAAUUGUGAAUCUCCUGCACUAAGGAUGAACUGUGGAAUGAACCUGUUCAAAAACUAAAUGUUAAUUACAUUAUUGUUGAAUAUUUGGUGUCUUUGACAGAAUAGUUUACUUUUUAUUGUUUAUUGUGUAUUAAACACAAUUUAAUUAGUUCAGGUCAAUUUACCUCAACCCCAGACUGUAAACUGUGACUCCAUUUGUGAUUUGGAAUAAGAGAUGUGUCAUGCUGUUUGUUCUGAGUUUUUGGUUUUUCACGUCUCUGUUCCAUGUAUAGUAACUGAGCUGUGACUACAGUAACAGUUUUCUUUUGCAGUUCAUUGAGCACUUGGUUAUUUUCAUCAAGAUGUGAUGGUAAUUUUGAAAUAAACCAUUGUAGAAGUUAAUAA